CACCACUCUUUCUCUUCAAACCCUAACCCUACAAAUUCGAAGCUCAAAUCCCUAAAAAUCCCACGAUUUCCCCCCUUUUCCAUUCGGAUUCCAGUUUCCACUGACGAAAGCGAUCGAUUUUUCGCCAAAAUCCUCCAAAAUCUCCAUCCAUUCGUUCCUAAUCCCUCCCCAAAUCCCCAAAUUUUGCUUCAAUUUAUACGAUGCGUGGCGUUUCCAUCAUCCCCAUCAUCCCGCAAACCCUAGAUAUGCCCACCCCCUUUCCCCAUCUCCUCUCCCCAUCGCCGCCGUCUGCGGUGGCGCCAGCGGCGGUAGUGCUCUCCCAGGAUGAGCAAAAGCGGGUGGCGGCUUACCGUGCUGUGGACUUCGUGCAAUCCGGGAUGGUCCUUGGCCUUGGCACCGGCUCCACUGCUGUUCACGCCCUUGACCGCAUCGCCGACCUUCUCCGCCGUGGCGUCCUCCAUGACAUCGUCGGCAUCCCCACCUCCAAGCAAACGGAAUCCAUUGCCCGUGCCCUCAAGAUCCCUCUCUCCGAUCUCGAUGCCCAUCCCGUCAUUGACCUCUCAAUUGACGGCGCCGACGAAGUUGAUCCCUUCCUCAACCUCGUCAAGGGCCGCGGUGGUUCCCUCCUCCGCGAGAAGAUGAUCGAAGGCGCGACCAAAAAAUUCAUUGUCAUCGUCGAUGAAUCCAAAAUGGUCGGAAGACUCGGUGGCUCCGGCCUGGCGGUGCCAGUGGAGAUUGUGCCAUUCGGAUGGAGCUACACGCUCUCAAAGCUCAAAGCUUUGUUCGAAUUGGAGCGUGGAUUCAAUGCCAAGCUGAGGACCAGAGUGGAAGAGGAUGGAAAGGAGGUGCCUUUCGUCACUGACAAUGGAAAUUACAUCAUUGAUUUAUACUUUGAGAAUGGAAUUGAAAGGGAUUUGGGGAUGCUCAGUGAUUCAUUAUUGAGGAUUGUUGGGGUUGCAGAGCAUGGGAUGUUUCUUGGAAUGGCUACAUCAGUUAUAGUUGCAAACAAAGAUGGAGAAAUCACAGUGAUUAACAAGUGAAUUUACCAUUUAAUUCUGCUGCAGAAACAAGGGGAAUUUGUAGGGGAUUGGGGGAGUGGAUGAUGUUAUCCUUGAAUUUUGGCUCUGCUAAUCUGAUAUAAUUUUUUUUUAUAUAUAAAUUUGUUGGAUUUUAAGUUGAGCAACUUUGGUUUGAUUCAAUUGGAUGUGUUUCAAGUGAUAAUUUUUUUUUUAUGGGAAGUUAAUUAAGAUGAUUAUAAUGGA